UGAGACGACAAAUCUUGCUCUUCCUUCUCAUCGUAGCUAUUUCCCUCAUCCACUGCGCUACCGCGUUGGACACAGGUGGAGUUAGGACACGUCUUAUGGGUCAAGAUGGGCUAUGUUUGGACAGCGAUGGGACGAGCCGCUACAACUUCCCAAAACUAGUCCCAUGCAACCCCAAGGAAGAGAGGCAGGUGUGGAACAUCGUCGACGACGGCACGAUCCAUUGGACCAACGACAGAUGCCUCUUCCCUUACGGCAAAAAGGUCACAGGACAAUACUUCCUCGUAAAAACAGGCAUGUGCGACGAACUGACACAGCAAGAAAAGACAUGGAGCCUAAACAACAAUCCCAACACAAUCUCCCACGUGGACUCGGGCCUCGUCCUGACCGUGAAAAACUACACCAAGACUCUCACGGUGGUGCCCUACAAGAGCAACAACCCAUCGCAGAUUUGGGCCAUUCAAGAAGCUCCACGUGUCGGCCUCAUCAUGGGACUUCACAACUACAAGUGUCUGUGGUCAGACGGGCCACAUCGGUCCGGCCAAGUGUUUGUGCAUGACUGUUUGGCAGGUACGUGGUUCAACCAAGUGUGGGCGUUGUUUCACGACGGCUCCAUUCGUUUGGAAUCGGACAGAAGUUUGUGCUUGACGUCUUCGUCGGGGGCGGCUCCUUAUUUCUUUGUGGAUGUGUUUAAAUGCGAGGACAAGGCUGAGCAGCGGUGGGUGGUGGAGACUGACGGCGGCGCCAUUCACCACCCCGGCUCCGACUUGGUCAUGGAUGUCAUUCCGAUGAGCAACCAGCCACAACCGGUUGUUCUGUUUUCGCAGAAUGGCGCGACAACCCAGCAAUGGACGUUUAUGCAUCUGUGAAUGAAUUACGUGGGGAAGAUGAAGAGAAGACUCAUGUACUUAUUACUAUUAAAUGUUUGACAGCUAAAAAACAAAUCAUUUAGAAAAAAUAAUAAUUUGUCAAAUAUUUUAAUAUUGAUCAGCAACAAUCUAAGUAUUUUCUUAUCUGAAAAAAACUUGUUAUUGGCUAUAUAUGUUGUGAAUGUAAUCCACACACAAUGUCUGCCCUACGAAUAAAUAAGUGUGUGGGUAUGUUGUGACUUGUCUAAACCGAACUAAUUAAAAAAAAUACUCUUAAAUUACAAAUGUAAUUAGAGUUCUUAAACUUAA